AUGGCUGAAACCCUUUUUAAUAAAGUCACUAGUGUUGAUUCUAAUGAAUUUUUUGAGAAUGAAUCAGUUGGAAUUUAUUUCGAAUGCAAUAUUACAUUGGAUAAUUUUAUAAAUAUAGAGGAUGAUCCUCAUGAAAUAUCUAGAAAGAUCACAAAUUUAGUUGGUGAUAUUGAUGGAUAUUAUUAUAUCUAUUCAAAUAAUCUUAAGCAUCAAAGAGACCGUGAAUCUAUGGAGAGGUUUGACUGUGAUGGUACUCUUCAAAUUACUUUAAACAUAAUAACCAAUAGUGCUUCUAUUUAUCUCAAGCAUGAAACUCUUCAUCGUCGACCUGAAAGAAAUCGUGUAACUGAAGAAAUCAAAAAUUAUAUUAAAAAAAACAUUCAUUUAACUUCAAGUGACAUUUAUCAUGCAUUAGAACUAAAUUCUACUGAGCUAACACAAAAACAAGUUCAUAUUCUUUUAGAAGAAUCUACCUAUCAAAUUAUCAUGUUUAAUAAUGAUAAUGGAAUAAAACUCUUAGGUUUUAUUACACCAUUUUUCGAAAAAUUAAAAAAAAAUCAAGAAAUAUUCAUCGAUGCAACUCAUAAAACCAAUACUCUAGGAUAUCAACUUUAUUUGGUAAUUGGUCAGUAUGACGGUGCAGCAAGUCAGCAAACUUGUAUUCAAUCAUUAAUUAAUACUGAUAUGGUGUUAUCAAAUAAUAUAUUAGAUAAUUCUUUGUUAGAUGUAUUGAACGAUAUUACUGCAAAUGUAAAUGAUAAUUCUAAUCAGCUUUUUGAAAAGUAUAAUUCGAUUUUACAAGAUGCAUUAUUGAUUGUACAAGAACAACAAGAAAUCAAUAAUUUUAAAUAG